CUGGUUUUCAAAACCCUUGAAACAAAGAAAAAAAAGAGAGUAAGCAAGCAAAAUUAAAAGAAAAAAAAAAAGUAAAUGGAAACUGAGGACUGGGACUUGAGCGCUGAAGAACUGGACGCCCUUGAAAGAGACGCUCUUAAUCUCAUCGCUCAACGGAAAACCGCCGCUGCCGGUACCACUACCAGCUCCGGCACCGGUAGCACUCUCCCUCCUUCAAACUUUUAUAAUAAUAAUAAUUUUAAUAAUAAUUCCACUCAAUCAAAAUCACAAUUCACUCCUUCUUCUUCGGUAUCGUCAUCCGCCGCCCCGGUUUUCGGUUGUGAUCGCAAGUUUAAUUCAUUGCCAACUGCGUCAGGGAAUCCGCCAGUAGACACAACUCGCAGUUUAUCUGGGGAUGAUUGUUCCAAGUCUCGACCAAAAUUGUCCAUCAAAUUUUUUUUACAUGCUAGCGGAAACAUUGCUGCAAAAUUUGUGUAUAAUGAGGUACUUGUGGGAGCAUUACGUAAGGUUCCAAAAGCAACUUGGAAUGCGAAAGAAAGAUUGUGGCUAUUCCCUUUGUCGUCUUUAUGUUCAGCAGAGAAAAUUGUUGGUGAAUUAACUGGUUUUAACAUUGAGAUUGAAACUUUAGAUGCGUUGCUGAAACGUGCUAUUGCUGCUGCUUCUGCUGUUCCAGAUCUUCGAGACCGUUAUGAGGAGAUGCCUGUUGGCCUUGAAUCAAAGCUGUUGCCAUUCCAGCGAGACGGUGUUAGGUUUGUAUUGCAGCAUGGUGGGCGUGUUCUCUUGGCUGAUGAAAUGGGUCUUGGAAAGACUCUUCAGGCUAUCGCUGUAGCCGCUUGUGUCCGUGAUGCGUGGCCUGUUCUUGUUCUUACCCCAUCUUCAUUGCGGCUUCAAUGGGCUUCUAUGAUUAAGCAGUGGCUAGACAUACCUUCGUCAGAUAUACUUGUGGUUUUGUCUGGUUAUGGUGGGUCAAACAAGUGUGGAUUCACAAUAGUUCGAUCAAACGCCAAGGGAAAUUUACGUCUAGAUGGGGUAUUCAACAUUGUAUCAUAUGAUGCCGUGCAGAAGCUUCAAGGAACGCUAAUGAGUUCAGAUUUUAAGUUUGUGAUUGCUGAUGAGUCACACUUUCUAAAGAAUGGCCUAGCAAAGCGAACUAUUUCGUCUCUUCCCAUAUUACAGAAAGCUCAAUACACAUUGUUGCUUAGUGGAACUCCAGCUUUAUCUCGACCGAUCGAGCUUUUUAAACAGCUUGAAGCAUUGUAUCCUAAUGUAUAUAAGAGUGUUAAGGAAUAUGGAAGCCGGUAUUGCCAGGGUGGUAUAUUUGGAAUGUAUCAAGGUGCAAGUAAUCAUGAGGAAUUGCACAAUUUGAUGAAAGCAACUGUGAUGAUUCGUAGAUUAAAAAAGGAAGUUCUGACUGAGUUGCCUGUGAAGCGGAGGCAACAGGUUUUCUUGGACUUGGCAGACAAGGACAUGAAACGAGUUAAUACUUUAUUCUGUGAGUUGGAGGUGAUUAAAAGCAAAAUCAAGGCCUGUAAAUCCGAAGAGGAAGGUCAGUCGCUUAAGUUUGAAGAGAAGCGUAUAAUAAAUGAGCUCUAUAGAGAGUCUGCACAAGCUAAAAUCCCUGCUGUUCUGGAUUACCUCGGAACUGUCAUUGAGGCAGGGUGCAAGUUCAUUGUAUUUGCUCAUCACCAGCCAAUGAUCGAUGAAAUGCAUCAGUUUCUUCUGAAAAAGAAGGUUGGUUGUAUUCGGAUAGAUGGUGGUACUCCAGCAGGAUCAAGACAAUCCUUGGUUACAGAUUUUCAGGAAAAAGACACUAUAAAAGCAGCAGUGCUUUCUAUCAAAGCUGGUGGCGUUGGGUUAACAUUAACUGCUGCAAGCACAGUGAUAUUUGCAGAGCUUUCAUGGACUCCAGGAGAUAUUAUUCAAGCUGAAGACCGUGCUCAUAGGAUUGGCCAGGUGUCAUCAGUGAAUGUACACUUUCUUCUAGCAAAUGACACGGUUGAUGAUAUCAUUUGGGAUGUUGUGCAAAGCAAGUUAGAGAAUCUGGGACAGAUGCUGGAUGGGCAUGAGAAUUUAUUGGAAGUUUCGUAUAACCCGUCAAAGUUUAGCCCAGCUAAGCAGAAAACGUUGGAGCCAAAAUGUAGCCCCGGUAAGCAGAAAACAUUGGACUCAUAUAUGAAGCGUUGCAAUUCAUUCAACUCCGAACAGUCUUACCCCAAACAUCCAAGGCACUGAUCGCUUGUGUAGAUGACAUUGCUAUAAAGUAUACUACAGAUAUUGUAGGUGAUAAUAUGUAUGUUAAUAGGGGCUAACAUAUUUAGUAGGUUUAUGGCAUAUAUAACAUGCAGUGUCAGGUGUAAAUGAUUGUUCCGUUAUUUUCCCGUUUUCUUUAAGUUGUGCCUCAAAGAAAAGCCUUGGAUAUUUAAAAAGCUCUAGACCUAUUAAAGUCGGAUGAUCUUAGAUCCACAGAGAUAUAAAUGGGCUUUAUAUGGUGUGUCUGUGAUA